CUCUAAUCAAAUUCACUUCUGGCUUAUAAGAAAAAUAAUCCAGAUUGAUUUGCCUGUGCAGAUGACAUAUCAUAGGAUGAAGGAUGCAUUGAUACAGAUGAUUAAGGGUGUACUAAAGGAACCUACUUCAGUUCUCGUUGUUGUCUUGUUUGGUGAUAGACCUCCAACAUUGUCAAAGAAAGAUGUUACAUUCACCCCUUUCUACUCCAUCCUUGAUCACUCUCAGCCUUAGGUGCAUAAUGAUAUGUUUCCCAAUGCAACAAUGGUUAUCCUGCACGUUUGCUACAUCUAGUUUUGGAAAGUCCACUCAAUGCACGGGUUAGCCCUCAUUUUUUAAGACAAGUUGAACAAUAGGAAAUUCUCUUAAUGAUUGCUAUUGUUAGUUUCUACUUUCUAAAGCUGUUUUCCAUUUUUCUGUUUGCUACCACAAUGGAAUGAAUCUCUCAGCUAUCUUAUAAUUUAUUUUGAGUUUGGUUUCAAAGUAGAUAGGGCUAAUGGGGAAAACAUAGAGAGAUGUUCUUCCUGCUCACGUGAGGACUCAAAUAAAUAGUUUGGAGCUCUAACAUUUUUGCUGGUUUUGGUGCAAUAGUUAUACUUUUCUUUGUGUAUUGUUAGCAUAUUGGCUUUCAUUAUAACGUGAGCUAGACAAUAAUUCCCUUCUAUUAAUGUGUUUAAGUGAGAUUGUUCUGUUUUGUACAAAAGUUCAGAUUGUGGAGCUUGUGAAUCUUAAACAAGUUAAACUUUGAUUCUUAACAAGCAUGAAUGUAAUAAAACUAGCAUAAUUCUGAAGAAUGAGAACCAUACUUCCUGACUUGACAUUGAUUCUGUAAUCAAAUUUUAUUAGGACUUACUGAUUGAAGCUCUUAAAUUUGUGGAAGAUACAUGAUUGAUCUACUUCAGAUAUGACAUGGAUUAAAAGAAAGAUGAAGACAACGCACUAAAUGAAGGUGAAGCUGAGAUUGAUUUUUCACAUACAAAGAGACUAUACUUAAAGUGGAGUCCAUUGUAACUAUUACAUUACCCUACAUGCUGCCCAGGUACCAAACAGUGAACUGUGCUCUAGUUAAUUGUCUAGUUUAUAUGCUUUGUAACUUGCUUAAUAAAGUGAGGACCAAAAU